AUGGCCAAACCUGAAGCAUGUUGUUCAAAGUGCUGUAAAAUUGUGACUAUCAGUCUAAUGGUCAUGAAAUAUGGUAGGGUGGUUCCUCCAUAUGUGUUCUUCUUCAUGUGUUGUGCCUCAUACAGAAUCCACUCUAUCUACAUACUGCGUUUGUUUAAUGACCCUGUUGCUAUGGCAUUCCUCUACUUAGCAGUGAAUUUGUUCCUUGAUGAUCAUUGGCUGCUAGGUUGUGCAAUUUACAGUAUUGGAGUGUCAGUGAAAAUGAAUGUGUUGCUAUUUGCCCCUGCCUUACUUAUGCUUCUCCUAUACACUCAGGGCCUUAAUGGAACAAUACUUCAUUUAGCCUUAUGUGCAUCAAUACAGCUUUUAUUUGGACUUCCAUUUCUUCUAGUCAAUCCAGUUGGUUACAUGAUGAGGUCGUUUGAUUUGGGACGUCAAUUUUUCUUCAAGUGGACAGUUAACUGGAGGUUCCUUCCUGAAGAUCUGUUCCUCAAUAGAUACCUGCACGUAUCACUGCUUUUCCUCCACCUGGCUGUAUUAGCUCUGUUCUAUUUCUCCAGAUGGUCCAAAAAAUAUGGUGGCAUUCUAAAACUGUUAUCUUGGUCAAAACCUAAAGUUACAGCUCUCAGUGCAAAUGAUAUUGUACUUCCUCUAUUUAUCAGCAACUUUAUAGGAAUGUGUUUUAGCAGAUCUCUACAUUACCAGUUCUAUGUGUGGUACUUCCAUACUCUUCAUUAUCUACUAUGGAACACAGCACUUCCAGUUAUAUAUAGGGUGUGUAUAUUAGGUGUCAUAGAGUUGUGUUGGAAUACCUACCCCUCUACAGUAUAGUAGUGCAGCCUUACAUGUGUGUCAUCUAGUGACUCUUUGUGCCCUCUGGUGGUACCCUACAACACCAAG